GAUUGUACUCAAGAGCCAAGAGAUCAUAUGAAAGUAUUUUUCCCUUUGGCUUCCACAUCGUUAUCUUUGAACUGUAAUUUCGCUCAACUUACUCCGGUACUACUACAGGAUGCAUAGGAACCUUGUACAAGGUUUCUUUAGGAAUGCAAGAGGUAUGCUUCGAGCUAACGGUGAAAUUCAUGUAAACCACAAAAACAAUGCUCCAUUUUGCCAUUGGAAUCUUGAGAAACUAGCUUCUGGAAGCUCUCUGGCAUUGGUUCAGCGCGUAGAUUUCAAUAAAGAAGAUUACCCUGGUUGUCAUAAUAAGAGAAGGGAUGGUUCGAGAUGUGAUAAACCCUUUCCUCUUGGUGAGAGCAGCACCUUCAAAUUCAGAGUUUCCCAUCGAACUAAGGUUUCUGAAAUAACCACAAGCCUGGGUUCAAUGCGUAAAAAAAUCUUGGCAAUUUCAAAACAUUCCAAUGCCAAUGCAGCUGCAGCCAACUUCUGAUUUCAACUAUCC